AUGUCGUUCACCGAGGUCUUGUGCGAAGUGCUCCUGCUCCAAGCCAAAGAGGGCCAAAAAGAUCUUACCGCGACUUCAAUGACCAAGUUCUGCGACUUCGCAAGCCACUUUCCCAAGACGGAAACGUCAGAGGGCUCUGCUUUGGCACAGAAGAUCUUCCCGAUCGUCCGCGAGGAUUCUCAGGAGGUCUACGUGUUUGUCGUCUGGCGCUCUCGCGGCCACCAUGAUGGACUGGUGACCGCGCCAGGAUUCGAGCCUAGCAUGCAGAUGUUGAUCAACGAGGUGUUCCCAACGUUGGCCCAACCGGCGGCAGCAUUCUACGUCAAAUGCGAUAGAGUGGGCCCGGACUUUCUGACUGCUGGCCGGCUGCACCUCAUCGAAGUCCAACUGAAUGGGCACGACAGCCCCGAGGAAGUCGGCAACCCCCUGGAGCGCGUUUUGUCUGCGUACCGGGACAAACUGGGGUGUCAUCCUGUUCUCUUCGGCCUCCAGGACGACGAUUCGAGACAUGCCGUUGUGGUGCUCAAAUGGUCAGCAAACUGUGAGGAGGUAGGGUUGGACAAGGACCUGUACGACCGGAUGCUGUCCGAGAUGAAAGCACAGGGCGAGAUCCUUCGAGAUGUUCACAUUUCGGAGCACUGA